AUGAGUUUGAAGGAUGUUUUGAAUUGGCCGAUGUUUGCCGAACUCAGGCUGAUGGGAGUGAGGCAGUUGAUCUAUCAGGUAAGCUGUUUUGACGAUUACAAAUAAUUAUAAAAUUAGAUCGUUUAUUUUUAAGGAAAUAAAAUCUUAAAUGCAAUUCUGAAAAAAAUAAAUAGGCCCAUGUAAAAUGUAUAAUAUUACCUUAAACUUUAGGUGCUAAACUUUGCCAUGAUAAUCUCCACUGCACUAAUGAUAUGGAAAGGUCUGAUGGUGUUCACAGGGUCUGAGAGUCCAGUUGUGGUUGUACUUUCCGGUUCGAUGGAGCCCUCCUUUUACCGAGGAGAUCUUCUUGUUCUUGGGGACAACAGAGAAGUCCCAAUUGAAGCCGGAGAGAUUGUUGUAUUCAGAAUCCGAGGCCGGGAUAUUCCUGUGGUGCAUCGAGUUAUCCGCGCAUUUGUGAAGAACGCUAAUGAGAGUUUUUUCUUAACCAAGGGAGAUAAUAAUCGUGUAAGACUUUUAUCUUCCUUGUUAUUUUUUAGGUAUAUAUAAGACCAAACAAUUGGAGGUUUGUUUAUAGUCAAACGAAUUCCGAGAGGCAGCCUACGGUUAUCGUCGCCUUGCUGUUUUUUAUUGGUAGAUGUAACUUAAGUUUUGUUUUCAUGGGUAAUAUUAUUAAUGAAUUAAUUUCAGGUGGAUGAUCGUGGUCUCUACGCGGAAGGACAAUAUUAUGUGACUCGUGGGGAGAUCCUCGGGCGCGCCAAGGGGAUGGUGCCUUAUAUUGGGAUGGUGACCAUCCUCCUCAACGAUUAUCCCCAGCUCAAAUUUGUCGUGAUCGGAGUUCUCGCCCUUCUUGUCCUAAUCCAUCGAGAAUAA